AUGCCUCUCGUGACUGGAAAGGUUAAUACUGGUAUCGAUAAGGAUGAGAUUGGAGGAAAACGUGAGAAAAAAGAGGUAAGAUCUUUGAAACUGCAACAGAAUAAGCAAAAUGUUGCCGGUCAAAUUUACUUUGCAAAAAGUGGAGUUAUAAAAUCUGGAGUUCAAUCACGAGAGAAACUUGGAAGCGUUAUACACGAUCAAAAACUGAUCACACUCAUGGUUCCCAAAGGUACAAUAGAGUUCAAUAGAGUUUCUAAUUAUCUUGGCAAGAAGCGGACGUAA